CACCUGAAGCUUUAAUUUCGUGACUCUAUUUUUCAAUUUUAGAAAUUCUCUUUCGAGUCUGUUCCUUUUUGGUGUCUUGCACUUUCCGUAUGUUUUAAUGCCCCUCUCCCUCCCUCCUUUCCUCUACCAUAAAGUUCAUGAAGGUGGGGACUUUGGUUCCUUGCUGUUAGCCCUAGCAUGUAGUACAGUCCCCUGACAGGAACAGACCCUGAGUGCACGUUUGUCCAAUGACUCGGUGAAAGUGGGAAUAGGCGGAUGCUAAGCCGCUGCGUGGCCCGUGCUCUCUCGACCUCCUGGAACUUCACGGUCCAAGGUGGGAGGAGGAACUACAACAGUCUGUAAGGGCCGUGGUGGUGAGGCGCCCACGCAGGCCAUGACGUCAAGGGUCUGUGACGCGCCUUGGGAGCGCGCCCCGCCCCCGCCCCUUCGCGUUUCUGGGCCAGGAAUUCAGGCUCUCUGCGCCAUGACGUCACGGGACCGGGCGGGCGGGUUUUGCGUCGGCCCAAUGGGAGCAGUGCGCCGGCUUCCCCUUUAAGGAAUGUUGUGACCUGACGUCACCGGGCGAGUUACCUCCCGAAGCCGCCGCCGCCGGGCUCAGCGCGAGCCCCAGAGCCUUUGAGCGCGAGGCGCGGAGCCCCCGGAGUCCCUAAGCCGCAGUCACAUCCCCACACCGCGCGCCGCAGAGCGCGACCCGCCGGGCCCGCGCGAUGCCCUCGGACCGGCCUUUCAAACAGCGGCGGAGCUUCGUCGACCGCUGUAAGGAGGUGCAGCAGAUCCGCGACCAGCACCCCAGCAAGAUCCCGGUGAUCAUCGAGCGCUACAAGGGCGAGAAGCAGCUGCCUGUCCUGGACAAGACAAAGUUCCUGGUCCCGGACCAUGUCAACAUGAGCGAGCUGGUCAAGAUCAUCCGGCGCCGCCUGCAGCUGAACCCCACGCAGGCCUUUUUCCUGCUGGUGAACCAGCACAGCAUGGCCCCCUGCCUGUCUGCCCACCUGCCCUUCACCUACGCAAGGUGCUGCCCCCUGCCUGGAUCUGCCCAUCCCUGAAGGACUGGCCCCUGGCUCUCCCAACCUUGGCAUGGUGUAUGGAUCUGUGGUCACUGUCCCUCUGCAGAAUAAAGAUUGCUCAGGCCUGCCUGGC